UAUAACGUGCUGGGUUCAAAGCCACUUUGAUCGUUCGAAUCUACCAGUAACGUCACAGAAUAUUAUAGUUUGGUUUACGGGUGAUGGGCCAACUCUGGUUUACACCUCAGUUCGCUUGCCUAAGUUUAAAAAAGCUAGAGUCUCAAUAAGCAUCAGGUUUGAUAUAAAAAGUUGAGCGCUUGAAGUGAGCAUUCGGUGUACCAAAUUUAAACGUUCCAUACAAACAUACAAACAUAUGUGUUGUUACAACGGGCUGUGUGGGUGGAAUAUUUAUUCCACAUUCCUACCGAAACAUCACGUUAUCCCCUAGCCCUCCAUUGUCAGCUGUUCCACAAUCCCAACCAAGACAAUCAACCAUUGUCCUCCAUUGUGUUUAACAAUGGAAAGACAAUUAGAUGUUCUGGAAUACCGCGACGGCGCGUGAGGUCAUACAUAAGGUCAAUUUUGAAGUUUCUGGUUCCCCCCCCAUGGUAGAACCUGCACCGUAUUUACAUCGACAUUGGAACAACAGUCGUUGAAGAUGUCGCAUCGUGGAAGUCAAGCUUCGAUUCAUUCCUUCCAUCUUGGACCUUAUACGUCACAGCCAAGCGAUCCCCUCCCCGAAGAAUGGACGUUGGUUGGCGAGCAUAAGAUGGAAAAACGAGAACCUUUCCAACUAUGGCAUACGGACCUACAAGCUAAUAUACUUAACUGCGCAAGGAAACUGAACUGUUUAUUAGAACGCCACCCGCACCCAAACGCCCACCUUACACAAGAAGAUUAUAUGACGUCACGUUACGUCAUAGAGGAAGAAACAGACCGCGUUAUGACGUAUGUAUACUAUGGAAGACAACCACAGAACGUCAACCCAGCGUUUUACCAUCUCGACCGCGAGCAUGAGAUAAGACAAUACAGGGGUUUGUGAUGUCAUAAUCAGUCAACAAUAAAUUUACAAGAACCAUUGUUGACGUCAUAUUUGCCUUUAUUUUGUAAAUGAUCAUAUUUUUAAAUUAAUAAAGAGAUAUUACCGA